UCCAGUGGAGACAAAUAUUGACCUGGGAGACACUGAUGAUGAAGACCUUGAUGCAGACCUGUAUGAGGAACAUGAGGAGCCUCAGCUGCUAUGGAAGGCUGAACUGGGGGACAGGAUGGAUGAGGUGGAAGCUGUGUCCCCGUUAGUGGAUCUUAGUGACACCAAGCCCCUCCUGAAUGAGAGAGACCCUCGAGGAGUCAACGAGUGUUUGAAGGAUUGUACACUGAAACGGGUAACACUGUCACAAGCUUGAUAUAAGGUGAGCUUUGAGGAUGUGAUAGCAGAGCCGGCAUCAGUACGUAGCGGAGACAGAGUGUGGAUCUGGAGCAACGCCCUGUUCGAGGUCACCAGGGUCUGGAUCUACCGCAUAGUGACCGUCCUGCUGGCCGUCCCUGUGUCCAUCAUCACCGGACUGAUCUUCGCCAUCCUCAGCUUCCUACACAUAUGGUUCUUUAGCCCAUUCGUGCAUCAUAUCCUUAUAAUCACAUACUGGCUGCAGAGCCUAUGGAGCAUCGUACUGGACAUUGGUGUCCGCCCAUUCCUCACUAGUGCAGCAAAGUGCUACGAUGGAAUCAGACUUCGCCUGACUCUGGAAUGACAGAAUAUUGGACCUUCACACAAAAUCAGGAUUUGGAAUAUGGGCUUGUUCCCAAUGUUACCCUACUAUGGAAUGUCCUCUUGGGAGACUAUCAGGCCUGGGCAAAGUAUUUGUAGGAUGCUCUAGGAUCAGACCAGGGGCACAACUACAGGCUUUUUGGUGGAUCAUGGGAUCUUACAACUGAACUGAGAUCAGUGUGAUUGAUCAAAACUGGUACAUUUUUUAAAACAAUUUCCAACAAGGUGAUUGGUUACUUAUCUAAGAUAUUGUCAGAAGUUAAGGUGAAAAGGGAAUGUGUAAAAGAUUCACACUCAUUUAGGAUACUGUUGUAUCUGGUAUGCACUUGAACUGUGCUUUGAGUUGUCCUUUUCUCAUGUGAUAGUGUCAGGUGAUUCCCAUGUUUGAUGAGCACAUUCAGUAUUAUUCAGACAGCACUGGUGUAUAGUGUUAUUUCAAUAAAACCUGACCACACAGUUCAAAAUGUGACUCCACAAUUUUUUGUGGUAGAGUAGAACAUUAACGUUUACUAUAGCUUUACUUUUAUUUAUAUAUAUUCUGAUGAGAAUUGGAUUGCAGGAUAUCUAAAAUAGAGUGUUAAAGAUUUUGAUCAAUAUGCAGCAAUAUCAGAUUUGUUUUCACAUACAAAACCAUUCAAUUGAAAUAUCCCCUAUUCUUCUAAGAGACACAACCUUUCUCAAUAUCAAUGUUGUACUCAGUACAGAAAUACGAUUCAAGUAGCUGGGUUCUUGUUAUUGCAUUAUGACCUGAUUAUGUCAUCAGCCGUUCUUAUGCUAACAUCUAGUACCUCAUUACAUCUUCACUUCACAGCUCAGGGUCUGGAUGCUGCUCUCUUCCUCCCUGGAAAGGCCCCUGCCUUCCCAGAAUAGGAAAUGGGGCACUUCAAUUAAUUAAACACGCACAGGCAAACUCCCUGUAUUUGAAGUGAAUCGUGUUUCACACACACAACUGGCCUGAAUGUUUAUUGCUUGACAGUACUCAGUGGUACCACUCAAGACCUCCUCUAUGAGGUGAGGAGUUUGUCCUGUAGUGAAUUUUAUCAUGAGAAAAGCAGAUUUUACAUAAUCAGGUCACCAUGGGUGAGAAGGAAUAUAUCAAACGUUAGGAUUUUACUGUACCACUUGUAAAAAACUAAAUAUCCUCCCCAUGGACAUGACAAACAACCAGAGGAAACUAUGGUUGACAUUUUGUUUUGUUUUAAACCAUUUCAUAAUAAAGUCAUUCUACCAUUUGAUAACUGUAUAUUGCACAAUACUUACAAUGAAUUUGGAGAUAAAAAGUGUUAAUUUAAAGAACUAAUAUUGGCCUAAAAUGCCUGAAUUCGAUUUUUUUUCCUAAAUCCAGGUGGCCAAAAUGUAAAUUGUGCCUGGGCUGGAAUAAUACAUUAUGGCAUUUCUCUUCCAUUUCAAAGAUGAUGGUACAAUUAUUUUUUAUAAAUGCAUGUUUUUUUCUUUGUAUUAUCUUUUACCAGAUCGAAUUGGUUAUAUUCUCCUAAAUUAAUUUCACAUUUACACAAACUUCAAAGUGUUUCCUGUCAAAUGGUAUCAAGAAUAUGCAUAUCAUUGCUUCAGGUCCUGAGCUACAGGCAGUUAGAUUUAGAUAUGUCAUUUUAGGCGAAAAUUGAAAAAAAGGCCCGGAUCAUUAAGAGGUUUUUAAGCCAAUAGUUGGGAGGUGAGGAAUUUAAUAUCAUGAUGAUUACUUACUAUAUACCGUGUAUGCGUGGCAGUAUUUUGUGGUUGCUAUGGACACACAGGUUUCCAUUGUACUUUCCAUGUGUGGUUGCUAUGGAAACACAGGUUUGAGUGACAAGAAAAAACAGGCAGACCUUCAUGGUACAUUCCAUUUGUGGUUGCUAUGGAAAUACAGGUUUGUGACAGGGAAAAAAAGUGAGCCAUGCAUGAUAUAUUCCAACAUCAUCAGCAUGCUACAUCUCCUGCCAAGUUGCUUUAUUUUAGGUGAGUCUCAGGUUUUAUGGGGUUAAUGCUAGAAAGCAUUUUGAUGCUGUUUAUCCCCACCGUCCACUCUCAACUUAACGUGUGGUAGUAAAUGUAUCACAAACUCAAAAUGCUUAGGUCUACAUGUCAGUCUCAGAUCUUUGCACAGUUCUCUGUCUUAUCAGCAGAUCCACCUGCUCAAUCAUAUAUGACAAGUCUCUCCAUGGAGGGACUAACCAGAACAUAUAUUGGUAGUGUAUCAUAAGGCAUUAUAUAUAGCUGCAUCAUGGAAAGUGUCAUCCAAUUCUCUGUACGGACUCACUUGUCUAUAUCUGAGCAUUGCUAUAUGGUUGGUGGCACCUUAAUUGGGGAGAACAGGCUAGUGGUAAUGGCUGGACCAGAUCAAGUGGAAUGGAAUCAAAUUCUUCAAAUAUGUUUGAUGCCAUUCCAUUUGCUAUGAAUCUGGCUAUUAUUAUACCCUUAGCAGACUCCUGUGAUCUUCACACUAUAUUGGGCUACAGUAAUUACUAUGGUGAACCAUCAGGGAUGUGUGUAAUGCAACAUAGGUCUGCUUUUUCCUUUAAGAAAUGCUUAGGGUCCCAGUGUGAGGUAUGGCAUGAGUGUUGAUAGAGAAUGGGCCUUACUUGUGUGUGUGGGUGGUUUGGUUUUACUAUCAUUGUGGGGACCAGAAGUCCUCACAAGAAUAGUAAAAUAAGGAAAAUUAGGACAAGUGGAAACAUUUUGCCAGUCCCCACAAGGAAAAAAUAUCUUUAAGGCUUAGGGGAUAGGUUGAGAGUUAAGGUUACAAUUAGUGUUAGGUUAGGGGUUGAGGUAUAGGGUUUGAGGUUAGGGAAAAUAGGAUUUUGAAUGGGCCCCACAAGGAUAGUAAAAUAAUGUGUGUAUGUCUGUGUGUUUGUGUGUGUGUGUGUGUGUGUUCAUUCUUUGGUGUGUUUACAAGAUGUUUAUAAGCGAUUAUUAACAAGAAUUUGUUGUAGUCAACAAAGUAUGUGUGUAACUGUAGGCUAUGUGUUGUGUGUUUGUGUGUUUGUGCUAUGCUAUGGCUACAGUGGUUACAGUUUGACAGGACAACUAGGGGCAGCUGCCUGCUGGGUGCUGCUGGCAUUCCAGGAGUGACAUCACAGUGAAGGGAAAUCCAGAAGCCUGGGUACAGCCACUCCCUGUCCCACUCCCCACACUGCUUCUUUGACCACUACAGCUACCACUGCCCAGCUCCAGGAUAACUACCAGCCUUACUGAGACCGCUCUUCUCAGACCCCUCUACUCUGCCUCGUACCUCUCUCCCUCUCCUUUGAUUAGCAUAUGACCGCAACCAUGGCUGACAUCAACAAUGGUUAUGAACAAAGGUUUCAGGCAAACGGACAUCAUAAAGAGAUUGACCUGAUCAACAGAGACCCCAAGCAAGUCAACGAGGAUGUAGUGAAGGUGGACUUUGAGGAUGUGAUCGCUGAGCCUGAUGGGACUCACAGUCUGGAUGGGGUGUGGAAAGCCAGUUACACCACCUUCACUGUGUCCAAAUACUGGUGCUACCGCAUCCUAUCAGCCAUUUUGGGGAUCCCAGUGGCUCUGCUGUGGGGCUUCCUAUUCGCUUGCCUCUCCUUCUGCCACAUCUGGGCCGUUGUGCCAUGCAUUAAAAGUUGUCUGAUCGAGUCCCAGUGUCUGAGCCGUAUCUACUCCCUGGCCAUCCACACCUUCUGUGACCCCCUGUUCGAAGCCCUGGCAAAAAUAUUCUCAAGUGUUCGGGUGGUGCUACGGAAGGAGGUGUAGGGUUCAGAAGCAUGGGAAUGGGACAGGGAGGAAGUGGUUAGGCUGCUCUCCACCCAUUUUUUUAGCAGAUGCUCUCAGCUACAUUAACUUACAGUUAGUGAAUUCAUCUUAAGAUAGCUAGCUGAAACAACCACAUAUCACAGUUGUAGUACAUUUUUCCUCAAUAAAUAAGUUAUUUUUUCGGAAGAUGGGCAGGGACUCUGCUGUCCUAACAUCAGGGGGAAGCUGGUUCCACCAUUGGGGUGCCAGGACAGAGAAGACUUUGACUGGGCUGAGCGGGAGCGGACCUCCUGUAGGGGUGAGACAAACAGGAGACCAGAGGUGCCAGAAUGGAGUGCUCUGCAGUAUGCCAUGUAGGCUACUUCCCUGGCCUCCUGUCUGACUGCUGAUGCUUGGGUCUGGGUCUGACCCAUCUUUCAAACAGAGUUUGUGAUACAUAGAGAUUAUUGUGUUCAAUCAGAAGACAAGAAGAAGAGUGCUCGCAUCUGGGUGCCAUAGAUGGGGGAUAAUCCAUGGUCUAUAAUACAUGGUACACUACAAACAACACUCAUCCAUGCUUGAAUGAUUUGAAACUUAAGUAUAUUCCAUGCUCUAUUCACAUGUUGAUGCUACAAUAAAUUACUUGUUUAAUGUUCCA